GUACAGGAAAUUAAAGAUAUAACAUUUAUUCUGUUAUAUCGUCACGAGUUACGUUGCUUGUUUAUUUCAAUUAUUUGUAGAGUAUUUCAAACGUAUAUGUAUCGUUCUUUUGGGGUCGAUAUUUUCUGGUGUUUUUCUUUCCGCUUGUAAUCUGUUCAAGGUUAGGUUUCCCCUAGAUGUAGAAUUUAUCCAAUCUGAGCUGCACUUGCGUAUGGGGAGUCGCCGCAACCUCAAUAUUUAAUACGUCAGGAUGUCGACCCUUGUGGUUUGCCACACGAGGUAAUUAACGUCGAUGCCAGGGUCACCAAGAGUGGUGACAGUAAUUGACUAUUAACUAUUACAAAAGAAAUUUAAUAAUUCAAGCGUCUUCAGUGACUGACCGGUACGAUCAUAGGUACAAAGAAAAUAUUUUCAAAACACAAAGGAUCUUUCGAUUAAAAAGCAGUGGCUAAGAAAAUUGAUUGGUAUGGAGAGAAGUACCGGACGAAGGUACGAAGAUGAGACAACCGAACAGCCAGUAGAUUACAGUAAAAAAUAUAGGGAACGAAAAGCAGUGGGUGAAAAUAAUUCGAUCGAGAAUUCUACUCGGAACGUCCGAAAUUGCAAAAAAGAAUUUGGAGAACGCGACUCCAAAGUAGAUUUAUUUGGGGAUUAUGCAGAAACAGAUCUUGAUCAACCAACAGAUUACAGUUUGAGAUACGCUGAAGAUGACACAGAUGAUGAUGAAAAACAAAGUCCUGAAUAUUUUCCAGGUAGUGUACAGGAGGAUACAAUAAAGACAUAUUGCACAGAAGGAACUCCGUAUGAGACACCUUUCAAUUUUUCUACUGCAACUUCUAUGUCUGAUUUGCGUCUUGAAGAUACGAAAGAAUCUGUUGAUUCACAAAAGAAACAUAAUAAGAAAGUGCUUGAGCUUAGUCGUAAGGAAGACCUAUGUUUUGAACGUACAUUGUCUCUUAAUUGCAAUGAGGAGCAAUCAAUUCUUGUUGAAAAAGAGCUGAAAACUUCUAAAACCUCUCAAACUUGUAAGCCUAGCUGUCCUACCCCUGAAAAGUUGCAUAAUUAUUAUCAAGCAGGGACACCAGAUGGUUUCUCACGUGCUAAUUCUCUUAAUUCUCUUAGUAGUGCAACCACACAAAGAAAUAAUGUUACUGGAAUCAUUUCUAAAGUAUCAUCUACAGAUUCUUCAGAGAAAGUUGAUAAUACAUCGGAAAGAGCAGAUCGCAGUGGAAUUGCUGCUAAUAUAAGUGGAUUACGUAUAUCGGAUGAAACUGAUAGCCCUAUAGAAGGAAAAAGUAGUACUAGAGUUGUAGAUAAAGAAGGCAAAAUGGUAACAUUCAGCAGACAAGAUUAUUAUGCAGAGGAGACUCCUCUAAUGUUUUCACCUUGCAGUUCUCUUGGCUCUUUGAGUGGAUUUGAACAGCAUUCUAUACAUGAUGAUCGUAGCUCUGUUAUAAGUGAUUUUAGCCGUAGGACUAGUGGUGUUGUGUCUCCAAGUGAAUUACCAGAUUCACCAACACAAACUAUCCCUCCAAGUCCUCGUAAUCACAAGAGUCAAUGCACGGAUUUCAUAAGCAAAAUCGCGGACGAAGCAGUAAGACCGUCGGUUCGACAUUUAUCAUAUUCCAAAUGUCCCAUGCCAAGAAACAGUGUUUUUGAAGAUGACAUUGCCACAUUUAAGGAAGAAUCAACACCUAUUGAAUUCUCUACAGCUACUAGUCUUAGUUCUCUUACAAUUGAUGAUGAAUUGAAGAUAACAAAUAGUUCCAAAAUACAGGAUGAAUUAAAGAAAACUUCAAAUAAUCUUGAUAAGAAUGUUAAAGAAACUCCAGUAGAAGAAAAAGUAAAUAAUGCUGAAACUGAGAAAGAUCAGGAGCAAGUGAGUGAUGGAGAUGAAGAUGAUGAAGAUAUGUUGGCUGCAUGUAUCAGCAUGGGUAUACAGAAUAACAGGUACAGACAAUCUUUCAAAACAUCUACUGUACAAAAAUCUAUACAACCAGAGUCAUCAAAUAUGUUAGGACGGUGUCAAAGAACACCUGUUUUAAACAGGCUGGAACCUCGCGUUCCUGUUACUUCUGUGAAUACACCAACAACGACUUCUAAAACGAAUAAAAAUGCCAUAGAAGUUGUUGUUGCACCAGACACGGUACACGUGUACUGCACAGAAGAUACGCCAGCAGAUAUUUCUCCCGUAGGCUCGCAAUCAAAUCUUUCAGCGUUGUCGAUGCCAAGCGUUCAGGAAGACGUCGAAAAAGUCGAAGAAGCCAAACCUUCAAGUGAAGUUGAGUGUCACAGGAAUGAUCUUUCAGACGAAAGCUCCAAUCUUUCUGGAGAAGAUGAAAAAAUUCUUGAUGAAUGUAUUCAGUCAGGAAUACCAAAAGUUCGUCAAAUAACACCCCCACCAACGAAUUGCAUUCCUUUCACACAAAAAGCAGAAGGAGUGUCACAAAGAUUCAACAUAUGCGGUACACCAUCAUCGUCUCCUGUAGAAAGUGGCAACAGGAAUCCUAUUAUUCGUAAACCACUGUGUCGUACAUCGUUAGGAAAUGAAAACGAACUUUCGGAUGAUAGUCCUAAUCAUUCGGACGAUGAAGCCAUUUUGAGCGAGUGUAUAAGGGCAGCGAUGCCUAAGGUUAGAUUGAACAUUUCAUCACUGAUAUCACAGUCAUUGCCUCAAACUAUUGAUAAAUCUAAAGUAGCUAAUUCAGUGAAAGUAUCUUCUUCAACAUCAUACCGUCGAUCAGAAUAUAUUGAGCAAAAUAAGCAUCAGUCUAAAAAGCCAGCAACGUUUGAAGAUAAUUUAAGUCUUUCAGAAGAGGAGGAAGAUAUUAUAUUGGCUCAGUGUAUUAAGUCAGGUAUGCCAAAGGCACUAAACGUUUCAUUAAACUCGUCUUUAACUCUUGGACGUCGAGUCACUACAACAACGUCAAGAGCGGUGGCAUCAGGCUCAUUUUUAACUUCAACUGCGCUCUCUUCUGAACGUGCUCCUAUAUAGUUUCUUUUAGAAAUUAUACUUUUAUCAUUUUCAAAAGGGUUGCAAGGGUUUAUGUCGAUAAUGAUGUAAUCGAAUAUAAUAUACUUUACAUGUAGUUCAGCGAGUUCCCUCAACAAAUGUAUAAGAACAGAUAUCUUAAAGGAAUGAAGAGCACAGAAAACCGUGAAGCAGUAACCAAGGACAAUUAUUUGAUGUAUAGUUGCAGUUUAUACGUUUGCAGGGCCUAGAAGGAAUAAGGAGAGUUGUUACAUAACUGUUCUACGCGUCAGCUGUUGAAAGACUGAAUACUUUUUUAUGAUAAUUGAAUAGAACGAAGUGAUCGAAGACGUAUGUUUGAUAGAACAAAUAUAGCGAUUGUCGGUAAUUGAGGGAUGAAGUUCGAUUGAUCCUUUUUAACUAAUAAGUUUUACAAGAAGACUUUUAUAGUUAACAGCGAUGGAUCGAAUUCAGGUCUAAUAGAUACGUUUAUUAACAAAGAAUAAUUGGAAACUUCUACCGAAUAUAGUAUUUUGUACUAUUUGUUUUAUCAAUUAUACAGAGGGUUAGAAAAGUAUGUGCAAUAUGUUUAUUCAUACACGAAUCAUUGAUGCUUUAGCUCAUACUUAUUUUGAAGAUUUCUUCGUUUAGUUCUGUAGUAUAAGCGUGAGGAAUAAUGUGCCUUAACCUCUUUGUCAUUUUGUUAAUAUUAUGAUGAAGAACCCUAAUCGAAUACUCUAUCCAUUAUGUUUUCUUCUCGACAUCUUUACUAAAUUAAUUUUUUAUAAUUAACUUAUGAACAAUCUAUUGUGGACUUUUUAAACAUAUUGUACAUUGAGAAGCUAGGUGAUCCAGAAUUCUAAAAUUAUUUCUCCUUUUUUCUAGUUCUUGAGUAUUUUUUAUAUGAAAUAUUUUUUAAGGAUAUGUCCUUAGAGAAUAGACUGUUGAAUUUAUAUGGUGUGAUUUGUAUUUUACUUGACAGAAACUGCAUUUCCUUCGCGUGCAAUAUAUCUUGCCGAGGUAUUAUUGUAACUGAUUUGUUUGAAUCAUGUGAUUUAUUGUAUUUUUACAUUUUAUUUUUCCUAAUGAAUUCUGAAGUAUCUACUUUUUACUACUGCUUGUGAUAUUUGUUUCAUGCAAGAAGAAAGUGGUACAUAGACAGAUUUUGUUGUUCACCUUAGUUAGGCGCUUUUUUAUAUCACGAACAUUGUUAAAGUAUUAUUAUUACAUCAGUAAUUAAUAAAGUUUGAAACUUGA